AGCCUGAAGCUGUAGGGUUUCGAUUGGUAGGGAGGCUGCUGUGUGUGAAUUGUUAGCGUAGCUAGCUUAGCCAGCUAGCUAGCAGUGUGUCGUUAGCGGAGAGCUAACUAACGUAUUACCUAGCGAGCUAACAACAGGGCAGAUCCAGACUUGCUUUAAGUGAAAUAAACGAAUCAUCCGAAUCCCAAAUGUGGGGUAAUAACAAACCGAGGACUGUAAGAGUGGGAGCAGGGGAUACGUUGGCUUUAGCCGGCUAGCUAGCAGAGUUAGCCAUGUGUUUAGGCCUUUGCUGUUAGCUGUGCUUAACAUAGUAAAAAGAUACUUGUGCAUUUUCUGCGUUUGUAUAAAAAUAAAAUGAGUUGGGGCGAGGGAGGAGUGUACGUUAAUCAUCCUGCCGUAUACACACAGGAGGUAGGGAUGGGAUACUUUUUGAAAAGAGGUUGUCUUGGUUGGGGCAGUCGUGUGUGUUUGUGUGUGUAUACGAGUAUGUAACUGGACUGCAUUUGCAGGAGAUCUGUGUGGGGAACGAGCCUUGCACAUCUGGACUGAUAUUUGGACUAGACUUGUCUGGUUCUUGUAGCACUGUGCGUUCUCUCUGACUCACUAAUCCGACUCGGACCGUGGGUGGUUGUGUCUGUAUCUGAUAUCCGCUGGGUGUGGGUGUGUGUGCGUGUUUGGUAAAAGCAUGCUUUGCUUUCUCCAGCCCUUUGGCACAGUAGUUGCUUGGCGAUUGAUCUGCCAGCAGCUCCAUGUGCCUGUGUGUUUUUUUGUGAAUGGGAAACCGGGCGCCCUAAUUAGGCCCUCAUUAACUGUAACUCGCUUUUUCCAUGUCUGGAGUUGUUUCCUUGUUCUGUCCACUUUCUGCUCCUGGCUGGUGUUAAACUUAAAAUACAUUUAGGCUGUGGUCCCAAAAAGGUCAUAUAGAUCAUAUCAGUGAAGCUGAGAUCUAUAAAGAAAAGUUUUGUUUUUUAUUAUCCAAUAUCGACUAAUAAACCUAAGAUCAGUCUUUAAAAUGAGCCUAUUUAGGAAAAAGCCAAAGCUGUAAAAGUAAGGAAAACAUUAAGGGAACCAUAGUGAAUUAAUUAUUAUUUUAAACACUAUUUUUGUUUAAUAUUGGUAAUUUCAGUGUUCUUUGUACAUUUACAUUAGUUCCAUAAAAACCUUAUCCACCAAAGACUUAUUGGUACAUUAUUAUCCAUAAAUGAUUCAAGUUUGAAUAAAAUCAAAUUAGAACCGUGUGAAACAAAGUUGAAUCAGUUCAGGAAAUCUGUGUUCAUACUCAGCUUUACUUAAUUUAACUGUACUUCAUGUACAGCAGUGUGAUACAUUCUCACACUGCAGAAUUGUACUACAUAUAUGGAUAUAUUUUAUAUACAGUUUCUAGUCAAAAGUUUGGAAACACUUUUUCUCAUUUAAGGUGUGUGUUUUUUUUACAUUGUAUAUUUAAUAUUGAAGACUAAAUUAAAGCUAUACAGGAACAUGUGCAGUUUUUUUGUAAAUAAACUAGAAUAUGUUUUGUACUUAAGAUUCUUCUAAGUACCACAUUUAUCUUUGAGGACCGAUCUGAACACUUUUGGUACUUUAAUCUUCAUGAGGUAGAGUCACCUGGAAUAGUUUUCUCAGUGUCUUGAAGGAGUUCAUGGGGGUGCUGAACAAUAGUUGCUGCUUUUCCUUCACUCUGUGCUGCAGCUCAUCUCAAAUCACCCAUGACAGUUGGGUUUAGAUCAGAGGAUUGUGGAGGACAAACACUUUUUAAUUUACUAUGUAAUUCUCUAUGUGUCUACAUUAUUUGGAUGCAUAUGGCACUUAUACAUAGAUACUCAAUAUUUCAUCUUAUUACAGAGGCAGUAGAAUUAGUGGGUUUUCCCAUUUUAUUAAUAAAACAAUCCACAGGCCUGACUAAGGAACUGAGCACCAGUGUGUCACACAGGUCAACGUUUCAAGUCCAGAAGGUCCUGAAUGCAUUUUGUGGCUCCACUGUGGUUAAUCCAUGAUGGAAGAUCGAAUAAAGACCGACACCUCAUCUGGGGAGGGCGACACCGAGCCCAGUAUGCUCCUCCAGAAACUCAAGAGCAACAUUUCUAAGUCUGUGCAAAAUAAAGUAGACACUAUUUUGAGAGAUGUACAGCAGUUCUCAGACAACGACAAGCUCUACCUGUAUUUACAGCUACCCUCAGGUCCAAGUGCAGGAGAGAAGAGUGGUGACUCCAAUUCGGUCAAUACAGCUGACCAGCUACACACCUGCAACUGGAUUCGAAGUCACUUAGAGGAACAUGCUGACACCUGCCUACCCAAGCAAGAUGUUUACGAGACAUAUCGGAAACACUGUGAAAACCUGCAACAGCGGCCUCUGAGUGCAGCAAACUUUGGCAAGAUCAUCAGAGAUAUCUUCCCAAACAUCAAGGCCCGGAGGCUGGGUGGCAGAGGACAGUCCAAAUACUGCUACAGCGGCAUCCGAAGAAAGACAGUGCUGAAUAUGCCCUUACUACCUAAUUUAGACCUCAAGAAUGACCCGUCGGAGCUGACGGAACUAGUGCAGACGUAUAAACAGGAGGUCACAGAAGCAGCGUGUGAGCUGAUCUGUGGCUGGGCACAAAAGAUUCUUAAACGCUCCUUUGACACAGUGGUAGAAAUUGCUCGCUUUCUCGUCCAAGAGCACAUUGUUAACCCGCGCUGUAGCCAAGCUGAGCUGGUGACCUCUGCUGCAUUGGCAGGAGGCCCUUCGAAGCCACACAAGGUGAUAAAAAAGAUCCCAGCAACACCCAAAGGAACUGGGGGGGAGGAAGAUGGUAAUAGCCAAGACCCUAAGAAAGACAAAGACGGUGUGGAGCAGGUGUCCUCUGGUAAACAGCAGGUGAGCGAAAAACCAGCCAAAGCACCAGAGUCCUCCCGCUCUGGAGGGCGAGACUUGCAGGUGGAGGCGCUGAUGAAGAUGAAGAAGUUCCCUCAGAUCCUCCCGAGAGGUUCUAUUCCAGACAAGUCCCCGCUCUCUGUGCACUCCUCACCUCCUGCUUUCACGGCCAAUGACUCGAGCAGUGUUAAAGUAACACUUCCCAUCACUGUGACGACGAUCCCACCCCAACAGGGGGCACCACCGCUCCCUGUGGUCAUCCUGCCCUCAGCGUUGAGCCUUUCUUACCCUGAUCAAGAGAAAAGCACUUCAGUCACUGUUUCCACAUCUGCUGCCCCGACACCUGUGGUUCAGAGACCGCGGGCAACAGCACCGAAACGGGGUCCAGAUCCCAGCACUAUGAUCACAGUUGCAGGGCCUGGGGCUGUUCCUCCAAAACGAAAAAGAGGUCGCCCCAGGAAGCCGAGACCGGAAGAUAUGACGGCACAUCCAGUGGCAGCAGCAGCAGCCCCAAGCCUUAACCCAAAUCUGGUUAGCAGAGGGGUCAUUCAGAAAGCUCUCUCCUCUGCUGCGUCCGGCCAGUCCUCACAGGUGAUGGAGAUUGUGCUCCAGGACCAGCAGGGCCUUAUGGUGAGCCAGGAGGUGAGGGACUCUGAGCAAAAAGGAGUGGUGGUGAAGAGCCAGACUGGUCCGGAGCCUGACGCUCCGGCUGUUCUGCUGGUUCAGGAUGCUCAUCAGCCUGCUUGUGAGCCAAGUCGGGCUAUGGUCAUACAGCGGGCGCCAAUAUCCCAGGCUGUGACUCAGACUGGCGCUAUUCACCUUCCGCCAGCCUCAGUAGAUGAAAAAAACAAAGAAGUACAUCUCACCCUCGUUGAAGCUCCGCCCACCUCUUCUGAAAAAUCAGGACCGGAGAAACCGUCGUCUACAAAGGCUCCUUAGCAGCAGCAGCACUAGUCUAGUCUAGUGUUUUUUCCCUCCACAAGUCUUUGAGCCCUUUGAGUAAGACAUUGAUGUACGUUGCCUUUUCGCUGUCCCUCCAGUUACUCGGAUGCCAGCAUGUCAAACUCGCCCGCUAUGUUACAGCUGGGUUUGAAGUGUGGUUUCUCCACUGUGUCGUUAGCAUUAGGCACGUGCAGCCUUCUGAAAACUCUGGAGCGUUCACUCUGUUUGGCUUGGGUUCAGUCUGGCACUGGUGGGUAUAUGGAGACGUUUGUACUCUCAAGGCCAGUAAGCAUCCUGUUCUGAACCAUGAGGACAGUGAAUUAAUAAUCAUAGGGCUGCACAAAAUGGACAAAAUACUAAUAUUGUGGUUUAUAUUGUUGCUUAUUGCAAUACUGAUUCUUCUAGAAUUGAGUAAAAGACAAAAAAUAUUAAUGUUAUUUUGGUCAAAAUAUUUGGCUUUACAUUAAUUAGAGAUGGGCAGUAUGCUUUGACAUACAUUUAAAGUGAGACACUAAUAUAUAAAAUUUAAAAAUAUUACUAUUUUAAAAAUAAUUUUAUGCAACAUUCGAUUAAAUUCAGUUUUAAAUAUACAAAACUGCCUAGUCUCUCUUUUAAAUGUUUUGAAAAAAAUGUACUGUUGCAGAUAUGAUCCUAUUAACAGUAAUGCAUACAUCUUACAUUGCCUACAUUAUCAUAAACCUUGCUUUAUCGGAACACCCAAUGAAACGUAUUAUAAGCAGUGUAACGCACGGUUUGUUUAGAGGGUUCAUUUGCUCUCUAUUAUCAGGAUUGCAAAUGCAAGUAUCACAGUAUUGGUUGAUGAACAAUAUAUUGUGCAGCCCUGGAUAACAUAAGAGACAGCAUAAAGUAUGGAACACAAAUAACAGAACAGUUACAGUAGUUUUUUGGUAACUUUCAUUCACCAUCCACUGCCAGAAGCCUCAUGCCUUUACGUUUUUUGAACAGACUGAAGCAAAGCAAAACAAAGAGAAAGCACUGGAGGUCAGGUUGUACAAGGCAAAUGUCAAAAGAACUUUAGUUCAGCAGACUAAGGGCUCUGCUGGGCCUCGAUAAACAUGAUGAAGUCCUCUGUUAACUACUAAGUCUUUUACGUUAUAAAAGACAUUGGCACAAUACUGGACAGGACCCAACUGAAUAUGAAAUGAUGAAUUCAAGUUUGAUGAAAAGUGAAAUAUUUAAGCAGCGUAGUCACAAAUAAUGACCCAGUUCUGUUAAGUGAGGAAAGUAAACAAAGCAAAGCAAAGCUAACUAGAUAACUAGGAGUUUACAAACGUUGACUCGGAAACUAACGCCACGUUUUCCAUGUGUUUUCAGGGCCACAGGAGGACACUUGGCCUGGUGUCACCAUAACUGUCUUUGCAUGUUUGUCUUGGUAAUAGAAAACAAUGAUAUUCUGGGGGCUGCUGAGAGUUUUCCUAGACGUUUAGCUGACAAUGAGUGGUAUUACGGGUUUGUAACUUCAGGGUUUAUAGUUUUUCACCCCCUUUUCUUCUCCUCUCAGUGGCUGCACAAGCCCUGUGUUGUGUUUUAAAAUGUUCUUUCUUCAAAUGGCAGUUGCAAAACUUUUAACAAGAAAAAAAACAGUGAUCUCUAGAUCAGAGGAUGUAAUGUUAAUCGACUUCAGAAGUCAGCAGGUUAACAUAGCUCAUAUUGAAUGAAUGUGAACGUCCACCACUUAAUGCUAAUUGGUGGCUUCUAGCUUUCAGUCAUUGUUUAGCUAUGUUAGCCUGCUUGGUGGCAUUUGUUGUUUCUUUACAUUAUUUGGUGAUGUAAGGACUCCCUCAGCUUUUACAGUCUAACUGAACACUUGUCUGCAAACAUUAGCACUUACUAUGUAAAUAGUUCACCUCUGAUUGGUCAAUUGCAGCAAACAUGGAACAGAGUCUCUGUAACACAUAAACAAUGCUGAUUACCUUCUUUCUAACAAGAUAAUCUCCAUUGCAAUGGACUUGACAUUCAGGUAGAAGAAAUGAAGAGGUUUACUCCAUUUACACUUGGUUCUUUCUUGUGAAUAGUAUCUGGAUUGUAUCCUGAUAGGAUUUAAUUGCUGUGGGGGUGGAAUAUGCAGAUUUGCUCGUUAUGCAUCAAGCAGUACUUUGCUAAAGAUUUUUUUUGCUCAGAAUUUUACAUGGUUAUGGUCAUGUAUUUCUUCAAAUGUAGUAACUGCGAACCACUAUGGGAGUCCAUAGCAAUGUGUCUGAGAGAUUGAUAUGUUUAGACUCUUAUAACAUAUGCGUCCACCUCCUGAAGUGGAUCUCAGUUUUUUUUUCUCAGGCCACCUUGAGAAGGGCGUCUCAAAUAUGUGUUAGACUACUUCCUGAAGGGUGGCUCAGUUUGGUCUUAAACCACCUCUAGAAUACCUUUCAAGUUUGUCUCAGACCACCUUCUGAAAUGUGUCUCAAAUUAUUCUCAGACCACCUCCUGUAGGGUGGCUUAAAUUUCUCUCAGGUCACCUUCUGAAAUGGUUUUAAAUGCAUAUUUACACUUUAUUUACACUUUUUUUAUUAUUCAAUUUUUGUGUGGCUUAUCCAGAUAUAAUCCUAGUACACUUCAUACAUGAAGAAACCAGAUGUAAAUGGGGUCUUUGGAUUCUUGGAUUUGGAUUCAGCUACAAUUGGCUAGAUUAGUUCUACAUAAAAAGUUACUUGUUGCUUAAUGUCUAGGUGUGCAGAUAGAAAGUAUCUGAUCUGUAGUUUCUCCACAAACAAAACAAAAAGUGUGACUUAUUAAAAUCAGUAAAUAAAAAAUGGUUAGAAAAUAGGGUUUAGAUAUCAAGGUUUAGUAUAGUUUAUUUUAAUGAAAAUACUAAUUUAUUUUUUUUACCAGUACAGCUAUUUUAAGAUUAAAAGUAGUUAAAAAAUUUAAUUUGAAAUGUCUUGAAAUUUAAAUUGUUUCAGAUAUUAUUCAAAUUAAAAGCUAAAUAAAUUAAACAAAAAAAUAAAGUUAGCUAGUGGUCUUAGCUAGCUAAAUAAAUUAGAUGCUAAUUGGGCUAAUUUAUUCAUUUAUUUAUUUAUUGUUAAGUUCACACUGCUAGAUUAGUCUAAAAAUCAAAAUUAUUUUUCUUAAAUUAUUCUGAUUGUUCUCUUUUAGUUCCUUAUAGGAUACGUUAGAAAAUAAUAUGUAGCUCACACUGCCUAUUUUAAUUACUGUAGCACUGUAUUUAUUCACUUAAUUAAUGAGAACUAUUUAUUAACAUAUUAAUAUAUACAUAUAGGUAAUAUAUUUGUAGUUUUGUGCCAUUUCACAUGUGGUAUAUUUUUUGGUAAUGUAAGAGAAAAGCAGGUAUUGUAAUGAUUCAGGCUGUAAUUGAGCCUAAACGAGGAUCAUGUGUGCAAGUUUGUUGCAGUUGCGGUAAAAAAUUCAGCUAGAGGAUUAAUCAGCAGUCGAAGGGUUCAGUGUUUGCUGCAGUCGACCACAGAGGAUUUAUCCAUUCAAAUCAUUGUAAAUGGAUCUACCAUUUUAAUUCAAGUUUCAAAAUGACCACAAUGUUAAUAUAUUAAAGAUCCUACCAGUCUGUGCAAUGUUAUUCUGAAAUGAGUCCAAAUAAUGUUUGGAAAACCUGCGUGAUUUGUCAUUUUGAGAGAUUAUUUUUUUUCUUUGAUAUGAAAUAUGUAACGUGGGGCGGUUAAUUAAAUGCGCCGAUCAUCACCAUCAUUUAUCAGUACAGUGAAAAAAAAAUACACUGAUUGACUGAAGACUAUUAAUAAGAAGUGGAUGCUGUGUAAUAAGUAAUGAAGUCAUGCACAUGGUGCAGCAACACUGGAUCAUACUCAGAAACAGAAAUAUGCAACUGAGAACUAAAAUAAAUUAUUAUUAUUUAGUUACAAAUUACUUUGGAAGAGCUCAUAUAAGAGUUUGGUUUUAAAGAGAAAUUUAAUGGUCACAUAUAUCUAGCAAAAAAAAAAAUAUUGAUUAAAAAAUCAUUUAAGAAUUUUAAGCACCAAUUACAGAUGAAGUUACUUGUUUUAAAAAUGUUUACAGACUAUGUAGGGACAUGCUUAAAUUAUAAGUUUCUGACAGAUUGUAAUUUAUUCAAGUUCACCGUUGACCCUUGGUGCUUUAAAAAAAAGAAAGUACAAAAGAAAAAGGGUGCAACUAUCAAAGAAUAUGAUUGUAGUGUGCAUCACUCUGACUCAGUCAGCAGUUCAGCUGUGUUUACCCUUCACUCCUUCAUGGUGCUAAUUCAUAGUAAUGUCAUUGAGGUGUUCUAGAUAUCUGCAGAGUAGCAGUGCGAUGUGUAAUGUGAACCGCAAUCCAAAGCCAUUUGUUUAAACUUUACCAAGAUCUUUCACACAUGUUCUGUGAUGGUUCAUGAAGCUCUGGCAAGCUGGUCUCUUCUUUAAAACUCAGUUUUCAUUAGUCCGGGUUGGUAAUCAUUUCAAGUCAUUAAUGUCUGCUUUUAUUCAUCAAAAUCACUGUGAACAAUUUUCAGCUACUUUCUUUAGAUUUCUUUAGGUUUCACUUCACACCAACACUGAAUUGCUUUAUUCACAUCACAAACUAUUAAUUAUGCAGGGAACUUUGAAAAUGAAAUCCAUAGUCAAGAGAUUGUGUAUAAGUACAAGGGCGUAGGAGCAGGUUUGAUAUUGGGGGGGACACAUUUGCCAAUAUGAACCCAAGCCCACCCUAUAGUUUCUUGGAACAACAUUUGUGGAAAUUACUUUUAAUCACAAAUAAUAAUUUUGUAAAACCAGCAAGCUGAUUGGCUGUUUGUGCUGAGAGGCGGGACUUAAUACCUGAACCGGCUCCGUGAUUGGUCCGGUCUGUCUCCUCAUUAAUAGUACAGCUGAUCUGAGCGAAACGAUAUAAUUUUUGGGGGGGACAAAUCCACCUGUUUCCAAUAUUGGGUGGGACAUGUCCCACCCAUCCCCCCCGGUUCCUACGCCAAUGUAUAAGUAUAUAGUUAAGUUAGGUACAACGAAGGAAAAUAAAUGUGGGUAGAGGUUAUGUUGCUCUGGAUCGUGGAGGCAUAAUUGGCCUGUUCCAAAGUCUACAAGUCUUCACAUAUUAUCUACUGGUAUUAUCAAUGUAGUCUCUAAUGCAUUAAGCUAUGGGGAUUUGUUUAGAACUUGUUUUACUAAAUUCCUAAUCCCAAGUCUCCUGUUUAUACAUCUUCCAAAUUCCCGUUUUGGCCCAUUUUAACAAAUUCUAAUUUGUCUUUUUCAACAGAGUUGAUUUCCCAUUUUCUUCUUUUUUAAAUAAAUAUCUAAACCCAUUUGGCCCAGUUUCAACUACAAGUGAUGAUUUUGGCCCAUUUUAACAACGUUUUAAAUUGCCAUUUUUGGUUCAUUUGAACAAAUUCCAGUUCUUAUUUUUGUCCAGUUUUAGUUUAGUAGUUUUUUUUUAUUAUAAACAAACAAACAAAAGCCCUCAGUGCCACAGUAACAACAGAACAUCAUUCUUAUUUCCUGUUUGUUUUCCCCAUUUUUCCUGUUAUAUUUCACCAAUUAAACCAAUUCUUAAAUAAAACACUGCUGAGCUUUGUGAUUGGAGGAGAAAUGGACCACACUUUGAGAGUUACCAGAACACCUGUGAACAUAUACACAAGUAAACAAAGCAGUGAGCAUGGACUUUGGGACAGGCCGCAGGUCUGGGUGGACCAGAGGUCAGUUGUACAUAGGGCAGGCAGAGAGCUCAGUGGUUAGAAUGUGGUCAGAAAGUGAAUGCUGAAUCAGUGAAGGGAGAUAGAGAUGAUGCGAUAUGACUCGGCUAGAUUAGCCUAAUUAUGAGUAAUGGAGGUGGGAGUAGAGCAGUGAGAUCAGAAACAGACAGGCAGAAGUGGGAGAGGUUUUCCACACCCUUUAAUAAAUAACACAAGAUUGCUUUAUUAAUCUUAUAAAACCAAAUGUGAACCAAACUCUUAGCAAAAAGGGUGCAAUAUAGAGCCUCCUACUAGGUAGCUGUAUAAACAACCAUCUACACAAGUUUUUUCUAGUAUUUCAUGAAAGUUUUAACCAGGAAAAGAACCUUUUAAACAUUCAAAUAAUUAAUAACAUUUGAAGAACCUCCUUUUUAGGAGUGUGGAAUCAGUUUUAUUUUUUAUUUGUUUGAAAAGCUUUUUAUAUUAUGUCAGGUGGUUUAACAUAACAUAAAGAUCCACAAUAUGGUCAAGGGGAAGUGUUCUGCCAAUAAAAGAUUAGAGAAAGUGUAAAAAAUGAGAUAUCAGAGUAUGGUUGAGUGAUUAUGAUAAUUAUCAACGUCUGUAAGGAUAUUUUAUUGCAGUGCAAUACUAAAAUCAAAGGUGAGCUUUAAGUGUGUUUAUGUACCUCGAUACAGCUGUAGCCACAUCUGAUCAGUUAAUGGAGUAAAAUGUGAUCUGAUUUCCAAAAGACAGAAUGUUAAAAAUUACCUUUCUUUGCCAUCUCAGAUUAUUUGUUUGUAUCCAUUCAUCAUUGCAAAAGUCUUCUGUUUCUGUGAGAUUUCUUGGGCCAUCUCUUUUGAAGUUUAUCUAUUUUAAUAUUAAUCUAAAUCUAUUCUUUCAUUCUGUCUUCUCUGAAAUGUUCCAAAAUAAUUCCAAAGCAUGAUUCUUCCACCCCCAUGCUUAACAGACAGAGACCUUUUUAUUUUAAUGAAAUUCUGCACCCCUUUUUCUCCAAACCUACCGUAUCAUUGCUCAUUUUGGAAAAAAAAAAUAUUUUACCCUCAUCAGUCCACAAGACUUGUUUCUAAAAUGCACAGCUAAUAAAUCUUCCAGAAAGUCUUCUGCAGCCAAACGGGGGUUUUGGUUCGCAUUUUUCUUUGCAGUCCUGGCAAAAUUUCUAUAAAAGUUUUUACUGCUAAUUGUCAAGCAAAUUGCUCCUUUUACGUUUUCACUCAAAAAAAAAUAAACAAAUAAGUGUAUAUAUUUUUUUUCUUUUUAGGUUUUAUCUUCUAAUUUGCUGCCUUUUGGAGAUCAAUUCAUGUUCUACUCACUGAUCUUAUUUUUAAACAGCAGCAGUGUAUGGUGCAAUUAUUUCACUAAUCUGAUGUCUAAAGUUUAAUCAUUUUAUGUCAGCUUGCUCUUAUAAAACACCCUUUAACUCUGUGGAUAACUUACAAGAUUAUGAUUAAACCCGAGAAUUGUUUUUUCUAGUUGUGCAUUUCAUACAAACACUCUUUCCUUGCCAGAGUUUCAUGACCUUUCCUGCUGCCAUGUUCUAUUCAGCUUUGGGAUAAGCUUUUCCCCUGUGCUAGUUGUCCCCCUUUUGGGACAGUUUUAUCGUUUUCUCUGCAGUAAAUGUUGAUUUGUUGAAAUUUGUGAGCUGUACGUUAUGUUUGGUGCAGUUACAUCAUCAAAAAUCAUCCCUUUUUUGCCACACUUACACACCCCAGACAUGUUUAGUGUGAGAACUAAGCUUUAAACUGUAGGCUGAUUCAGUAUUUAUUUGUGAGUUUGAAGUCUCUCUCUCUGCCCGUCGCUGCGAGUCUCGCACUUUAAUGUUCUGACAGGUGUGGACUGGAAGUGAUCAUCUGAACCCAUACAUUUGAUUGAUUACAGCACCUUAUGUUUGUAUUUUUUACAGCCUGCGCUUUUUUCACACUUUUUUAUACAUCAUAGAGCUCUGCAGAUUUUAACAUACUUCCAUAAGAGACGGAACAUGAUGACAUGACAUCUACAACCAAUGUGAGGAAUACUUUCAGAAAUUGGUACUAAUAAAUGUACAUUUCUUCACAAG